GUGUCGCUGUGGUUACAGUUCGCGCAGUGUCGCCUCCCUCCCUCUCCCUGCCCUCCUCACGUGUCCAGAACUAGGCAGUGGUCUGCUUGUGCUGCGAAUUACCCUCCUGUGUGCCUUCUCCAUUUGUCCGGAUUAUUUGUUUGUUUUUCUUAGGAUUGAGAUUUGGACUAUUAAAAACCUAAAUAAAAACAUUCUUUUUCAAUCUUUAUCGAUUGCUUUGUGGCUUAAUAAUAACGUAAUCACGUGAUUGGAUUUGAGUACAAGUCUUCAAAAUGAUAUUCUUAUACAUUUUGGCUGUAGCUGGGAUUUUAUCACAUACCAAGACUGCAGCCGAUGACCAGCCACCAACCAGAGAGUGUGGCGGUCAGCAUGUCUGUACAACAUUGAUGAAGUAUAAAGACGGAACAGUUGUGGAUGAAGGAGAUAACUGUUACUGUAGAGAGGGAGUCUCAAGUUGUAGCAAGGAAUGGGUCAACACUCACGGAGACAACAGUCUAACCUGGCAACACUACGAGAGAGCACACUGGACGGUCCAGUAUCGAUUCUGCACAAACGUCUUCCAAGGGAAGAAGCAAUGCCAGGGAGACGAGAUGGCGGCCGUAGUGGAGACGGACAUCAAGAAAUGGGAACCCCUGGUGGACGAGCCACGCUGCGUGUGCGGGGCGGAUGUGUCUUUCAAGAUCAUGGGCUGGAAGCGUGUCGGCAACAAAUGGAAAUACUUCUACAAGUGUGAGAAGGAAGAGUGUCCUCGACCAUCGACCACACUGACGGAACAAAGUGCAUGUGCCCGAAUUUACAUUGACGUCAAUAAAUACAAUGACAAAGUACUAGAGGUCGAGUUUCUCUGCAACUGCCCAGAUGGUUACAUGUGUCCUACCAAGUUUGAUGAGAAGGCAGAUAGCAAGAAGGUAAUGCAGGACAAUACCGGAAAUUACGUAGUCAAAUACUGCGACUCCAUCAUGAAACAGAAGAUAUCAUCUCUCAACGAAAGUUAAAGAGACGCCCAUGAGUUGGUGGACGUCAAGAUUUGUGGACGUAAUGAGUUUGUGGACGUAAUGAGACUGGCUAGGGUAAUGGCGCUAGGGAGAGGUGCUAUAUUUAGAAAGCAACAUCUUGUAUCAGUUGAUGAUCUUUAACGAUAUCUUUAAUGUAUUCACCUUGAAGGGGUCUAAACAUUUACAUGCUUACCUUUAAGAUAUCAUUAAAUAAUCAAAUAGUAACAUAUACAAAAAUUAAUGAAAAGGUGAAAGAAAAAAAAAAAAAAAAACAAAGACAACGAAACAAAAACGAGCCUUUUUA